UUUUGACAAACCAAUAAAAUUAAAUCAUGGAGAUGUAUUCACCAUCAUAGACAGAUCUUUCCGCUUUGAUGAAACAGAGGAAUCAAAGAAGAGCAAAUUAAGAAAUCCAGACAAAGAUUUGAAUUUGAACAGACCAUCAAUCAGGAUAGAUGAUGCACCAAAGUCUUUGAAAAGUAAAAGUAAAAAGAAGUCAAAAGAAGAAGUGAAGUCUAGAAGCAAAAGACGUCGUAUGCUGAAGAAACAAAAAUAUUGGGAACAAAGAGAAAAAGAAGGGGAAAAUGACAAUAUAGAUGUAGUUGAAAAUGAUAAAAAUAGACAAAUAGCAGGAACAGAAAGAAAACCUAGUGAUGAUAACUUUUAUGUGGACAUGUUUAAAGAUCCAUUAUUUUCGAAAAUGGUGACAUACCAAAAGGCUAAAAGAUUAUCCUUAGCUUUGAAAGAAAAAGGACAGAAAAAUAUUGAUAUUUUAGAAUAGAAAUUUAUUCAGUUUGGAUUUAUAUAUAGUUUUAUGUUGCAAGUGUUUUUUAUUUUUCUAUUUUCUUUUUAUAAACCCAUAAUCAAAAUCUACCUUUAAUAGUCAAGUGGAUUGUAAAUAGGAAUUAUUUGAUUUCAUGUAUAAGCAAUGAAUUUUAUAUAUAUUUUGAGAUAAAAUUUCUGCCCUUAUUUUUGGUACCAAAGAUAUGAAUAAGAUUCUAGAGAGCAUGCACAUUGACUACUAGUGAAGCAGCUACUUGUAUUCAAGAAAGCUUGCACAUUGGUUUAUUAUACAGUGAAGCAGCUACUAGAAUACUUAAUUCAUAAUUUUGAAUCAAAACUUUAUUGCAUGUUUCAUGGCAGAAAAAGCAAAGCGUCCAAGAAAAUCUUGCCCUAAAUGUUAUACAGUUUUCUCAGACAAACAUGCUCGUAGACAUCUACUUGAAUGUAACGUUCAAUUUUGUGAAAGUGAAGUACCUCAAUCUGAUAACGAAAAUAUACCUGUAUCAAGUGUGGAAAAUAACACAUCAGAUUAUCAAAAUGAUAUCAGUGAUGAUGAACAUGAAAUAAAUUAUGAUUGUAUGAAUAAAUUCAGAAAUUUAUCAAAUAUAUCUCAUAAUAAUUUAGAAGAUGAGGACAUUGAAAGCUACUUUGAUAGAUGUGAAGAUAAUCUGAACGAUUCAUAUAGUUCUGAUAAUUACUCAGAUGUAGAGUUUGAUAUUGAUUGUGAUGAAAGUAUUGGUGUAGAUCAAGAACAUAAUUCAGAGUCCGAUAUAUCUCGGAUUACUUAUUGGUUUUGUAAACUUUUAUUAUUAUGGCAAUGUAUUUAUUAUAUAUCAGAUGCAGCUAUUUGUUUUCUUUUGAACAUUUUAGCAACAUUUUUUAAACUGUUGUCUGUGAAUUCAGAUGUUUGUUCUAAAGUACAAAAUGUUUUCCCCAAAAACAUGUACCAGUUGUCUAAACUUUUGAAGAGUAAUAUGUUAGAUUUUAAACAAUAUGUUGUUUGUACCAACUGCUAUUCAUUGUAUGAAUUCGAAGAUUGUUAUCAUAUUGUUGAAGGUUCAAAAGUCUCUAAAAAGUGCUCUUUUAUAGAGUUUCCUAAUCAUAGACUUCCUUAUUUAAGAAAAAGAUGUAAUCAGCCUCUUUUAAUGGAAAUUAAAAGUGAACCUUCAAAAAUAUUAGCCCCUUACAAAAUAUACUGUUACAAAUCUAUUGAGUCAAGCUUAAGUUAUUGUGUUAAAAGACAACAUUUUGAAGACUUAUGUGAACAAUGGCGAUUGAGAGAAACAAGAGAAGAUAUUAUGUAUGACAUUUAUGAUGGAAAAUUAUGGGAUGAUUUUAAUGGAAAAAAAUAUAAUUUUUUUACAAAAGAGGAUAAUUAUGGUUGCAUUUUAAAUGUUGAUUGGUUUCAACCAUACAAACAUACUCAUUGUUCUAUAGGUGUCAUGUACAUAGCAUUUUUUAAUCUUCCACGAGAUCAAAGAUUUAGAAGAGAAAAUGUUUUACUAGUUGGUGUUAUUCCGGAUAUGAAAACAGAGCCUAAGACAAACACCUUUGUUACCCCUCUUGUUCAAGAGCUAAAGAAGUCUUGGUCAGAUGGUUUUCAAUUGUUUUCAAAUAAGUCACCUUUGAUAUUGAAAUGCUUUAAACUUGCACUCAUAUGUGUUGGAUGUGACAUUCCUGCUAGUAGAAAGCUGUGUGGUUUCCUUGGACAUGCAGCAACCUCAGGUUGCAACAAAUGUAAAAAGAAAUUCCCAGGAACUGUAGGUGAAAAAAAUUAUGGUGGUUUUGAUAGAUUAGAAUGGCCGUCCAGAGACAACGAAAGUCAUCGUCAAGAAUGUGGUUUUAUAAAUAAUUCUACUAGCAAGGGAGAUAAAGAAAACCUUGAACGUCAGUUUGGUACAAGAUAUUCUGCAUUGCUUGAGCUUGAAUACUUUGAUCCAGUAAGAAUGACAGCAAUUGAUCCAAUGCAUAACUUAUUUUAAGGAACAGCAAAACACAUGCUUUCUGUAUGGAAGACAAAGAAAUUAUUAUGUGAUGACGACUUUAAAAAAAUUCAGACAAAACUGGAUCCAUUUGAAUGUCUCUCAGAUGUAGGGAGACUACCUAAGAAAUUUGCUUCAUCUUAUGGGUCAUUUAAUGCAGAUCAGUACAAAAAUUGGACCCUAUUGUUUUCUAUUUAUGCUUUAACUGAUUUAUUGCCAAAGGAACACCUUGAAUGCUGGAGAAAGUUUGUGUUAGCAUGUAGACGGUUGUGUUCAAUGUUUAUAAGUGUUGGUAAUGCAAAAGUUGCAGAUAGAUUGCUAAUUGACUUUUGUAAAAAAUUUGAACAAUUGUAUGGGCAAGAUUUUGUCACACCAAAUAUGCACCUUCAUGGGCAUUUAUAUGAUUGUAUAAUAGAUUUUGGACCAGUAUAUUCUUUCUGGCUUUUUAGUUUUGAAAGAGAAAAUGGUAUAUUAGGCUCUUACAAAACUAAUAAAAAAAACAUAGAGACUCAAUUAAUGAGGAGAUUUUUAAAAGAGUCUUUUGCAAGGGAAAAAGAAUUCCAAAUGGAUGAAAAAUGUAUGUCUUUAUUCAAUGAUAUGUCAAAUACUACAAGGGAGAGGGGUACAUUAAAUGAUGUUUCUGUUUCUUUGAAACCAAGCGUUCUCGAUAUGUCAUCACAAUAUGUACCUGUAAAAGAAGUAUGUUGGGAUUUAUCAGAUAACAUUUUUGUUCCUAAAAUGAAGGAUGCUGUUCUGAGUGAUUGUGAAAUAAGACUGUUAAGCCAAAUGUAUUCAACACUGUAUCAGUAUGAUUUUAUUGUUUGUCCCUCUGUCAAAGUGUGCAAAAACUUGUAUUUAAAUGGAACAUUGCUUGGUUGCAAAAUGAGCAGAAGUGUUAGAUCAUCCUAUAUUUUAGCUUAUUGGUGUAAUAACGAAGGGACAAUUGAUACUGACAAUUUUGAUUUAUCUCCUCAUCCAGGACAAAUUGUACAAAUGUAUAAGCAUAGUAUUAUUGUAAAUGGAGAAACAAAGACACAUUUUUUAGCGAAAGUAAAUUGGUACAAGAAUUUACCUGCUUCUGUACAGCACUAUUAUGGUAAACCGAUUGAAAUAUGGUCUUCAGAAUUAUUUGUUCAAGAAGGGCCUGCUUUAUUUAUACCAGUCCACAGAAUUAAAUGUAGGUUUGUUCAUGCGAAAGCAAAAUUUAACAGCAGAAAUGUAAUUAUUGUUGCACCAAGAGAGCGUCAUAUUUUAUGAAUAUGGAUCCAGUUAUAAUGAUACAAUCUGUAAUCAUAUUGUUUUACUUUGUACAAAAAAAUACAACUAUUUAAGAAAAUUGAUUAUAUGACAAUGUCAAAAUUACAAUAUUUUCUUGUCAUGAUUCCUUUAUUUAAUUUCAUGAAUGUGUCAUGACUCUUUUGUGUUUUUUAAAGGAAGUACUUUUUAUGGAGUGUAUUUGAUUAUUGUAGAUAUUUAUGAUGUUAUGAGUAUUCUUUUUGUAUUGGGUAUUAAGAAUAAGUGUCUUAAUGCAGUGUGUUGUACUAAUCUUACAUGCCAGUUAUUGCUUUGAAACAGUAAAAUGUAAACAAAUUAAACAUUAAGUUUACUAUUAAAUAAACAAUUUCGUUACACUUA